UAAUUUGGUUGCGAAGAGCUCCUGCGUGUGUACGAAACUAACAAAAUAUAUAAAUAAUUUGGUGCGUUGCUUGGUAGUUUUUAUUAAAAGAAUAUAAUAUAACAAUAUGUAAAUACAGAGAGAGGAAAAGAGAGAACUAGUGGAAACGAGUAUAAAAUUGGUUUUAUUAACUACAAGCAAAAGCAUGAAGUGCGUACCCGGCACAUUCAAUUAGCUGGUCAAAGUCUGUGACAAAAACCAAACACAAAAAUUAUGUCGCCCAUGUCCAAUGCCAAUCCAAUGGCAGCAACUGAAUUGAGUCCAUUCGUUUAUUGGUCCCAAACAAAGGACACGUUGUUGCUAAAGGUGGAUCUGAAAGAUGCGCAGGGAGUCAUUGCAGAGUUUACACCCACAACGAUGUCGUUUGGCGCCAAUGGCCAUGGAGCACGCGGCCGGAAUGCGUACAAGUUUCAGAUGCGUUUCUUUCAGCCCAUCGAUGAUGAGACGGCCACAUUUACGGUUACCGAUCAUAAGAUCGAGCUGCUCAUACAUAAAGCAGAGCCUGCCUGGUGGGUGCGACUGGUGGCGACGCCUCAAAAGCCGCACUGGCUGCGCGUUGACUUUGACCGUUGGCGCACCGAGGAUGAUGCAGAGCUAAAUGAACCGGCGCGCGACGUGCGCGAGGAUUAUGUGGAGGAGUAUAACAACCUGCAGAAGCAGGAAAUUGGCUAUGUGCGGGAGAAUGCCAAGAAGGUUUACUUGAUCAUCUAUAACCUGGCCAUGUUUGUUGGCUAUCUGCACAUACUCAUUAUCAUGGGUGUGCUCUAUAUACGGGACGGACCAGACAGCAUUAAGCAUACGUAUGAGUAUGUGGGCACAUCGUUUAAAUUUGUGCAGCUCAUGCAAUAUAUGGAGGUAAUGCAUCCACUUUUCGGGUAUACCAAAGGCAGUCCGCUGGUGCCCUUCUUUCAAAUCUCUGGACGCAAUUUCGUUCUGUUUCUUAUGAUCGAAAUGGAGCCGCGCAUGCAUGCCAAGCCGGUGGUCUUUUAUGUAUUUAUAAUAUGGUCCCUCGUGGAGCUGGUGCGCUAUCCCUACUAUGUCAGCCAGCUGCUUAAGCGGGAGAACGGCUUGCUCACCUGGCUGCGCUAUACCAUUUGGAUUCCUCUCUAUCCCAUGGGCAUCGUGUGUGAGGGCGUUAUUCUGUUGCGCAGCAUACCCUAUAUUGAGGAAACGAAACGCUUUUGCGUUGACAUGCCCAACAAAUGGAAUUCAACCUUCGACAUGGUCCUAUUUGUAAAAGUCUAUCUGCUGCUACUCGCUUUGCCUGGCAGCUAUCUGGUCAUGUCCCACAUGUCCAAGCUGCGCGUUAAGAAACUGGGACGCGGUCGCGCCAAGCCGAAAAUUAAAUAAGAAUUCAUCUCAAAUUUCUUAGUUUUAAGAUUCACGAAUUUUCAUAUAUUUUUGUUUUAUUCCCCAGCAAAAUGUUAAGUUAAUGUUUUUUACUUGUGCUCAAUAGUUUAGAUAAGAGUUGUGUCAAA